GUGAGGGUGGGUUUGUUUGCAGGGUGUUGAUGUGUGGCUGUUGUGGUGGGGUUGCGACGGAAUGUGCCCCGCUAUGUGGGGUACAUCGACGUCCAUACAUCUGAGUGUUGACAUGAAGUCUGGACUACAAUCUCCAAUUGCACCACCCCGACAACCCCAACCCAGCACCACCUCUACAAAACACGUCGCCAUGGCCUCCCCCAACACCACCGCCAACCCGCCCCCGCCCCGCAUCCGCGCAGCGCUCUUCGACAUGGACGGUCUGCUCAUCGACUCGGAAGACCUGUACACAAUCGUCACCAACACGAUCCUCGCGCGAUACUCCCGCCCCUCCCUCCCCUGGUCCAUAAAAGCGCAACUGCAAGGCCGCCCAGGCCCCCAAGCCGGCGCAAUCUUCCACUCAUGGGCACAGCUCCCCAUCCCACACGAGCAAUUCCUCGCCGAGCAGAAGCAGCUGCAAACCGAGCUCUUCCCCUCCACACAACCACUCCCCGGCGUCACGCAGCUCCUCCCCGGCCUGAAGAAAAGACACGUUCACAUGGCCCUCGCGACGAGCAGCCACGCGGCCAACUUCCGCCUCAAGAGCGCACAUCUGACGGAUUUAUUCGCGUACUUUGCGCCCGAGCACCGGGUUUUGGGCGACGAUCCGCGGAUCCCUGCGGGAAGGGGGAAACCCGCGCCGGAUAUUUAUCUGCUUGCGCUGUCGACGCUGAAUAAGACGCUUGAGGAGCGGGGGGAGCCGCUUAUUAGGCCGGAGGAGUGUCUGGUGUUUGAGGAUAGCGUGCCGGGUGUUGAGUCGGGGCGUAGGGCUGGCAUGCAGGUUGUGUGGUGUCCGCAUCCGGAGCUGUUGCUCGAGUAUAAGGGCAGGGAGAAGGAGGUUAUGGCGGGGUUGACGGGGGCGCAUAAGGAGGGUGAGGAGGGGCAGCUGGAGAAGACGGAAAGGGAUGUUAAGGAGGGGAAGAGGAGGGUUGGGAUGCCGGGGGAGAUUGAUGAUGGGUGGACGAGGUUGCUUGGGAGUUUGGAGGGGUUUCCGUAUGAGAGUUUUGGGAUGGUGGAGUAGGUGUGGGUAGAUGUAGAGGGAAGACUGUUAGAGAUAGAAAUAGAAAUAGA